AUGAGCAAGCUCGAGGCCGCGCAGCGCAUGCUCACCUGGCUCGUCCAGGAGGGCGGAUACGUGCACCCUAACGCCGAGGUUCGGGACGACGCAUCAAGUGGGUUGGGACUGUACGCGACCGCGGAUAUUGGAGAGGAGCGCCUCAUCUCGUGUCCCUUCAGCGUGGCCAUUACGCCUACCCUCGCGGCGGAUGCUAUCACAAAGGUGUGCGGAGUCAAGGAUGAGGACUUUGUACAUGACGGCGAGCGAUGGUCUGAGCGCAUGCUGGCCGCCGCCUACGUUGGCCUGCACCAGCUCUAUACGGCAGAGGAAUGGCCCGAGGCGCUCAAGCACCGUCCCUACGUGGAGACGCUUCCAACACCGUCAACGCCGCAUACCUGGACCGAGGCGGAGCGGGGUCUGCUCAAGGGCACGAACCUCGCCGGCGCGGUGGAGAAGCAGGAACGUGAAUGGCGCGCUGAAGCUGAGACGCUUCGUACCGUCCUCAAGGAAGAAGGCUUUACUUGGGAGCGCUAUGCGACUCUGAACGCGGCGGUGUCGUCGCGCGCGUUCCCCAGCGCCCUCCUUCGCCUUCCGGAUGGCUCGGCGACGUCUGGCGAAAAGGUCGAGGAGAGCUACCCCGUCCUCCUCCCUGGUCUUGACCUGCUCAACCAUAAGCGCGGACAGGCGAUCACGUGGCUCUCGUCCAAGAUCCCAUCGUCCAAGGGUGACAUUGAGGCCAUCUCCUUCAUCAGUCCCGGUCAGGAGGCCGGCGAGGUAUUGAACAACUACGGAGCGAGGGGGAACGAGGCACUCCUCCUCGGUUACGGGUUUGUCAUCCCCUCAAACCAGGACGAUACGCUUGUGCUCCAGCUCGGGGGCAUGAGUGAUGAGAUCGUGGCUGCUUUAGAGAAGCAGGGCCUCGAGGCUGGCAAGCGGUUUGAGGUCGGUCGCGAUGGCGUGCUGCCGCAGGAGCUUGUUCGGACCGUGCGGGUUAUGAUGGCCGAUAGCGGGUGCUCUUGCUGUGGUGGUGGUGACGACCACGACCACGAUGACGAUGAUGGCCACGACCACGGGCAUAACCACGGGCAUGAUGACGAGGAUGACGACGAGGACGAGCACGCCGCACACGAGAAGGAGGUCAACGAGCUCGAGCUCGAGCUCGACGUCCUCGGCAUGCUUGGCAACAUGCUCGAUGACAAGCUGGUCCGCCUCGAGGACGUGCCCGAGGCCGAGGCACGCCCCGAGAUCGCCGAGAUGGCCUCGACCUACCGCCAAGGCCAGAUCGACAUUGUAUCCGCUGCCCUCGAGCAGCUCACCGAGCGUGUCGAUCGCGUCGAGAUGCUCCUAGCCGACGGUCCCGAGUGCCCGUGCGGCUGUUAA